CGGGAACGCCAAAGAGCUGUCACAUCCUGCCCCUCCUCUAAUUAAGAAAGUGACUUUUUGAUUUCCUUCGAGCAAGGCCGGGUGGAGCCCGUGGGGGGAAGAUUCUUUUGCUAGGAAAGAACACCAGCUAGUGGUCAACCUUGGCUGAAUCACAGCGAAGCAGGCAACGGCUUUGGGAGUGUGAGCCAUAGUGCCAGGCGAUACAAGGAAAAUGGAGACAGGGCAUGAUAAUGCACCUGCACGGCGCGUCCGCUUGGAUUGUAAACGAGAGCAGGGUGGGAAGAGGUUCAAAGCAGACCCAGACUGUCUUGGUGCCCAAGCAGGGGCUGUGAGGGAAUCUGAGAAGGGAAUAUCCCUGGAACAUGUGAAACAGGAGCCAAGUGAACAGCUGUGGCAUGGCUGUGAAGGGCAAUGGCAGCCAUUACUGAAGGUCAUGGAGACCCCCAGCUCAGAAGAGGGACAUCUGGAACUGCCUGGACAGCAGGCACAUGCAGGCUGUUCUGAGUCCCCCCUUGAUGUCACUCAACAGCUUCGAGGAAGUGAGGUCCCCCAGCUCCAAUUUGGCUCCAUCAAGGACCCUCAAGAUGCCACCCUGGCCACGGACAAGACAGUGAAGGACGAGUUCCCAGGUGAGGUAGGACACGAGGAAGUGAUCCUGGGUGAGGAGGCAGUCAGCUGGGACACUGAGCGCCAAAAAUUUCGGGAAUUCAUCUACUAUGAGGCCGUCGGACCCAGGCUGACCUCUUACAGAUUGUGGACACUUUGCCGCCAGUGGCUGCAGCCUGAGAAACGCACCAAGGAGCAGAUUCUGGAGCAGGUGAUCCUGGAGCAGUUUCUGGCUAUCCUGCCCCAAGAAAUGCGGAAUUGGGUGAAGCAGCAGCACCCAGAUAGCUGUCCCCGGGCGGUGGCCCUUGCAGAGGGUUUUCUGCUCCUCCAGGAGCAAAAGGCAACGGGGCCACUCCAGAAAGUGGAGGCACGUUUCCCUAAGGUAGAGGACCCACCGUUGGACUCCUGCCAGAGGUCGCUGUCCGGAGAUAUCAAGCAGGAGGAUGACAGUGAUCCCUCCGUGCCAGAAGGCAGCAGGAUCGUGAGUGAGGUUAAAGAGGAGAAUUUAAGCAAGGAAGACACUCUCACGGAUGUGCCUGGCACUGCUGGAGGAAGCGCCCCGGGGAGCAUUUCUUCUCCAAGCAAGUCUGUGUUACUCAGACUUUUAAAAGAAGAACCAGGAACCAUCUGUGAUCCAAGUGGUGGAACCGUGAGGAAGAUCAAAGAGGAGAAUCUAAGUGACGAAGACUCUCUCGUGGAAGCGCCUCUGGCUUCAGAAGGAAGAGCCCAAAGGAGCAUCUCCUCUCCAAACAAGUCUGCACUAGUCAAACUUCCAAAAGAAGAACGAGGAACAACCUGCAAACCAAGUGAUGGGUCCGUAAGGCAGAUCAAAGAGGAGAAUAUGAGCCAGGAAGACUCUCUCGUGGAUGCUCCUGCGAAGGCAGAAGGACAUGCCCAGUGGAAUGUUGCCUUUCCAAGUGGGUCUGCAUCAGUUGGACUUCUGAAGGGAGAACCAGGAACAACCUGUCAUCCAGAUUCUCUCUCCUCUGCAAAUGACAAGACAGCAGCAGUAAAGGUGGAAGAGAAACCGGGAAAGUCAGGAGAGGGGGAACCACAGGGGGCAGUGUUGGGUGGAGAGGAAGAGAGCAAAGGGACUUCUGGACAAAUGGUGGCGGGGGAAAGAGAAGAGGUCUGGACAGGCUAUGGGAAAACCUUCCGCUGGAAAUCCGUCCUUACGCCGUGUAAAGAAACGGUUACAGACUGGAAGAUCUACCAGUGCUGUGCUUGUGGCAAAAACUACGACGCAAGAUCCAUCCGUGCACAUCAGAAGAUGCACACAGGAGAGAAGCUAUACGAAUGCAUAUACUGUGGGAGGACCUUCAGCCAGCGCGCUCAGUUUGAAAGCCACGAGAAGAUCCACACGGCCGUGAAAGUCCAGACAAGAGAGAACCUGUACAUAUGCGUGACCUGCGGGAAGAGCUUUGCUUACUACUCAACCCUGGUGGCCCACAAAAGAACCCACGGGGAUGACGACUCCUCAGUGGCAGAUUGAGCUUUACAAAACGUAGGAGGACCUUUUUGGGUGCAGUUAGCCCCAAGCAUGGGAAAAUUGAGGAAAAUAAAAUGGGAGAGGAACUGCCUCUGCUGUGAACACACUGCCUAACCCUUGGGACAGCUCACUGGGAGCUCUGUGCAGCCUGCCGGAUAUAUGAACCCAAUGACAAAGCAGAUUGCUGAGUUUCAGAGGGUAGCCAUAGUGGCUACAGUAGGACAGCUUGAUCCGAGUUCAGUAGCGCCUUAAAGACCAACAAGGUUUCCAGGAUAUAAGUUUCCGAGAAUCAAUGCUCCCUUCAUCCGAUAUGAGUCGAUUCUUUAUGAGUUGGAUUCUCUGAGUCUUUAUGUCCCUUUCAGAAGAUGGAAGGUAUGUUGCAAAAAAAAAGGGAACUCAGGAUGCAGAGGUACAUCACGAAAUGCAAUCAACUAGAUUAGAUGCCCAAUUAGAUUGGGCAGGAUAAAAAUGUGACAAAUAAGCAAAUAAACGCAGAGGAGAAAUUAGAGGAGAAAUACUUUGGGGCAGAAAAUUAGCAUCUGUGUUGAGAUAUGAACCCUAUGUUCUUAUUCAGAACAAUGCACCCCCACCUCCAGGGCUGAAUACGGAUGUAGAAUUCAUAUCUCACUACAGAUGCUAGUUUUUCUGCCCCUAAACAAAUUCUAGUUGCGAUAUAGGGACUUGACCAUCUCCAUUCCAACUCAUAUCUGAUGAAGCGAGCUUUGUCUGUCGAAAGCUUCUACCCUGAAAAUUUUGUUGGUCUCUGAGCUGCUCCUAGACUUGAAUCCAGAGAUUAUCAAAUUAUUUCUACGUUAUAUCGACUCGAUGAAAAUUUCCAUACUAGCCAUUUAUUCUGUAACUGGACAUAGUUCCUUUGAUCUGUUUUAUUCUCCUUGUAGUGUUAUUUCCAAACAAUUGCAUUCCAGUGUUUUUUGCCAAUCUUUUUUUGGCAAGUUUUUUAAACAGUUGUGAGGCCGGCUAAUAUGUAUUGACUGUGCACUAACACAAGCUACUUCAGAGCUACUCUCUAUUUUACAGUUUCCCCUUGCUCCUUCUUUUUAAAUAGGCUUCCGGUUUUCUGUGUUUUAAUAGGCUGUUUCCGGCCAUUCCUGAACUGACCUUCAAAGAGUCAGUUUCUGUUUAUACUGGGGAAAGUCCUGAUGUGAUUCUUUGUUAUCAAGACUUUUUUAUUUUCUGCAACCUCAGGAGUGUGAUUACAAUCACACAAGCCCUGGUGGGAGGAGUGUUUGUGACAGGGUUUGGUUUGGUGACUGGAACUACAAAUUAGUUCUGAAUAAACAUAGGAUCUUGUUUGUGCUGUGUCUAGAUUGCCAUAAGCAGCCUUUUACCCAAGCCCCAAACAAAGAACAUGGCUACCAGUGAUGGUAUUUGUAUGUUUGUAUCUGGUCAUGAGGGGGAGACCAAGGUGCAGCCACAAGGUGUAUACUUGGUCAGACUUGCUGUGUACAUUGUAUAUGGUUGUGCAUGUGUAUUUUGUUUUUAUUGUUGUUGUUUUGCACAGAAGUGACUAAAAUAAGACUGCUUUAGGAAA